UAUUGUUUUUAGUUUUUAUUCGCGCUCGCUUCGAAGUUGCCGUGACCCGGAGCGCCAUGCCGCACCUCGCGCCGAUCUAAGAACGAACCCUCGUGUUUUGUAUUAAGUUUGAUAUUAUACUCCGAACCUGUGAAGUGCUGUGUGACCAUGGCUCGUUUGACAGAAGAGAUGGUGAUAGCGCGUUCCAAACAGUCUGAUUUGUCGUCUAUAAAGAAGUUGAACUGCUGGGGCGCGGAGCUAGGUGACGUCAGUCUACUGCGGCGGAUGCCAAACGUUGAGGUUCUAGCCUUCAGCAUAAACAAGAUCCGCAGCCUCCAGGACUUCGCCGGCUGCCGACUGCUGCGGGAGCUGUACGUCCGCAAGAACGAGAUCAAAGACCUGCGGGAGAUCAGGCAUCUUAGACACCUUCCAGCACUCACCUCGCUCUGGCUCGAUGAGAACCCCUGCACACACCACCCACAAUAUCGACUAACGGUACUCCGUAACCUGCCGCGGCUAGAGAAGCUCGACAAUGUGGACGUGCAACAAGAGGAGUUGGAGGAGGCGCAGCGCCGAGGGUCGCUCAUCGACUCGGACGAUGAAGGAUACCCACAACAACAGUUGAAUGUCGUCGUGCAACAAGAGGAGUUGGAGGAGGCGCAGCGCCAAAGGUCGCUCAUUGACUCGGAUGACGAAGGAUACCCACAACAACAGUUGAAUGUCGUCGUGCAACAAGAGGAGUUGGAGGAGGCGCAGCGCCGAGGGUCGCUCAUUGACUCGGACGAUGAAGGAUACCCACAACAACAGGAAACUUACGCGGAGAGCGUGCGGAGCGGCGGCAGCGCGCGGCGCGCCACCCGCGCGCGCUCCAGCGACUCCAGCCCCGAGCGGGACGACUACCACAAGCACGAACCCGAGUACCGGGACCACAGGCCGGAGCCCGACUACCGGGACCAUCACAGCAGACACGAGCAGGAGGCCUACCGGGACCAGAGGCACGAGCAAGGCAGCGACUGCUCGGAGGGCGCGGCGCCCGAGCCCGCGCCGCGGCCCGACCCCAGGGACCCGCAGUGUCCGCUGUCCCCCACGCGGCGUGCGCCGGCGCAGCGCGCGUCGCCCGACGACGAGCGCCUCACCCACCCCGCCGGCGCCGGCGCCGCCAUGACGCGCUCGCACUACGACACGCUCGGGGCGCGCGAGCGGGAGCGCUCGGCGCCGCUGCGGCACUCCGUGUCCGCGCAGAGCGUCAAGGAGUACGCGUACGCGAUGAACGGCGACUGCAGGCUCGGUGUGACGUCACCGCACGAGCAGUACUGCGAGCGAGGCGACAACAGAUCAGAAUACACGCCCAGCACCGUAGGCCGAGGCGACUGGGAGCGCGAGCGAGACAGGGAGCCCCCUCGCGAGCGAGACGCACAUAGCGCCGGGUUUCCCUCCGCCGUCAUGGGAGAACAUCGCGGUUUCACCCGCCGCCCCGUCACAAGGAACUCGAACCUGCUGUCGGCCGUGCUGUGCCUGGUGAAGGAGCUUGACUACCCCUCGCUGGAGGUCGCCGAGAUGGCCGUCAGAUGCCGCAUGGACGAGCUGGCCAACGGUCAGUGACCCGCCCCGCCCGACGCCGCACACGCACACGCCGCCG